AUGGCACGUAGCGGAAAAAGUGGGACAAGGGGAGCCCCCCCUGCUGCGGUGGUGGUGUUUGCGGUGCUGAGCUGUGCGCUUUCGGUGGCCCACGGGCAAGAACUGUUUCCGCUGUCGAUUGUGCACAUUAACGAUUUUCACGCGCGCUUCGAGGAGGUCAAUUCGGCCAGCGUGACGUGCGAUGCGGGCGGGGCGGAAGAGUGUGUCGGGGGGUACGCCCGGACGGUGACGGUGGUGAAGCAGCUGCUGGCCGAGCGACCGAACGCGAUCUAUCUGAACGCGGGCGACAACUUCCAGGGUACGCUCUGGUACAACAUCCACCGGUGGAAUGCAACGUCCGAGUUCCUCAACAUGCUGCCGGCGGACGCGAUGACCAUCGGGAAUCAUGAGUUCGACAAUGGUGUGGAAGGAGUGGUCCCGUUUCUCGAUACGAUCGCGUCCCCCGUGCUGCUGGUGAACGUGGACAACAGCGAGGAACCAACGUUCAACCGGUUCAACAGGAGCAUGGUGCUCGAGCGCGGUGGCCGACGGAUCGGUCUGAUCGGGGUCAUCCUCAGUACGACCGAUACCAUCGCCAACACGGGUCGGCUGAUGUUUGAGGACGAGGUCGAGACGGUACGUGCUGAGGCCGAAAAGCUUACCGAUGAGGAUGGAUGUGACAUUAUCGUGGUGAUAUCACACUGCGGGCUCGAUGUUGACAGGGAUAUAGCGGCGCGCGUUGGUCCGCUGGUGGACAUUAUCGUCGGUGGACAUUCGCACAGCUUCCUGUACACCGGCGAUCAUCCCACGAUUCCGAUGACGCCGGUCUCGGAGUACCCAACGGUGGUUACGCAGUCGGACACGGGCCACCGGGUGCUUAUUGUGCAGGCUUCCGCGUACACGAAGCUGGUGGGCGAUAUCAUACUGUACUUUGACGAGCUGGGUGUCAUACAGCGCUGGGAAGGGAACCCGGUGUACCUUGGGAACGAGGUAGUCCCGGAUGCGGCCGUCGCUGCCGCCCUCUUGCCGUGGAAGGUGGCGGUGGAUGAGAUCGGAAACCGGAAGAUCGGCUCAACCGGGGUGGACCUACAGAAGGCGAACUGCGGGUACGGAGAGUGCAACCUGGGUAGCCUGAUCGCGGACUCCAUGGUGGCUGCCUUUGUGCCCCGUGCGGAACCUGGUCGGUGGACAUACGCGGCCGUCGCUGUGCUGGCUGUCGGCGGUAUCCGUGUAGGGCUCUUCCGUGGAGAUCUUGCCUUCAAGAACCUCAUCGAGGUGCUGCCGUUCGAGAACGCGCUCGUGUGCUUCGACAUGCGCGGUGACCAUCUUAUCGAGCUGCUGGAGUACAGCGUUGAGAAGUCGUGGGACGAGGAUCGGUUCAACGGCGCCAACAUGUUGCAGGUAUCUGGCCUCCGCGUACUGUACAACGUCACCAAUCCGAUCGGUGAACGGGUGCUGGCCCUCGACGUCCUCUGCAACGAGUGUAUGGUCCCGAGGUACGAACCGGUGCAGCCAUUCCGGAAGUAUCGUGUCAUCACGAACUCGUUCCUGGCGGGCGGAGGCGACGGGUUUACGGUGUUCGAACGGUACGGCCAGAAGAAGGUGCUCGGACCGGUCGAUAUCGAAGCGUUCGAAAACUACGUACGGGAUCGGUCACCCGUGUUCCAAGGGUUGGACGGAAGGAUUCAGGUUCUGACGUAGUUGAAAACACCAUCA